UUGAGAUGAGUGCCCAAACUUUUAGUCCUUGACUUGGAAACCUUCAAGUGCUCCAUUUGGGACUACUGGUUUUGAUAUAUUAUUGUCGUUUCUAUAACUGUUAUCAUCCUUAAUUAUCUGUUGAUUACAACAAAAUUUGUUUUAGCUCAUCAAAUCCCAUGGUAGGAUCAUGUUCUUGGGCUUCCCUUGUCUUCUGCAUUGUCUUCUUCCCAGUUUUUGCUCAGCCUCAGCCCCCAAGUUUCAUCUUGAAUGGUUUCAAUGGAAGUGAAUCAAAGCUUACCCUUGAGGGAGCUUCUAUUAUCAGGCCUAGUGGCGCCCUGAAGCUCACGAACAAAUCAAAUUACGCUCUAGGCCAUGCGUUCUAUUCAGAAUCGAUACAGAUGCUGGACAAUAAGUCUUCACCUGAUUCUCCCAAGGCUUCUUCUUUCAGCACUACUUUCGUGUUCUCUAUUAUACCUCCAAGCUCAGGGCGGGGAGGCCAUGGCCUUGCUUUCAUGUUGUCGCCUUCCAAGAAGUUCGCUGGAGCUGAAGCAGGUCACUACAUGGGAAUAUUCAACCAGGAGAACGAUGGUUUGUCCUCCAACCAUGUUUUUGCAGUGGAAUUCGAUACUGUGAAUGGAUUGAACGAUGAUUCAGACAGUGAAGGAAAUCAUGUUGGGAUAAACAUCAAUAGCAUGUAUUCCAAUGAGACGGAACCAGCUGCUUAUUUUAUCAAUAACACAAACCUAAAGGAGGAUAUGAAACUGGAGAGUGGAGAUCCCAUCCAUGCUUGGAUAGAAUACGAUGGAAAUUUCGUGAACGUUACGAUCUCUCCAUUAAAGGUAGAGAAACCAUCCAAGCCUCUCAUUUCCCAUCGCAUUGACUUAACACCUUUGGUUGAGGAAACCAUGUACGUUGGCUUUUCUGCAUCCACGGGGGAAAAGUCAAGCUCACAUUUCAUCUUGGGAUGGAGUUUCUCGACAGAUGGAACAGCUCGCCAACUCAAUGUUUCCCAACUUCCUGUGCCACCGCCAAAAGGAAAGGAUGGAUCUUCUUUUGAUCCUCAAGUCAUUGGUCUUAUUGCUGCUUUAUCCACCGUAACUGUUCUAUUGUUGGGAAUAUUGAUCUAUUUUACGUUGUACAAAAGGAAGGGGAAGUCUGAGGAACUUGAAGAUUGGGAGUUAGAUUGUCCUCACCGGUUCCAGUACAAGGAUCUCUAUGCAGCAACUAGGGGUUUCAAAGACAGUGAGAUUAUUGGAGUUGGAGGGUUCGGUGCAGUCUACAAAGGUGUCUUGCUAACAACCGGAACUGAAGUAGCUGUCAAAAAGAUAACUCAGAAUUCAAUCCAAGGUCUGAGAGAAUUCGCAGCCGAGAUCGAAAGCUUAGGAAGGUUAAGGCACAAGAAUUUGGUUAAUCUCCAAGGAUGGUGUAAGCAAAAGAAUGAUCUUCUUCUGAUCUAUGAUUACAUCCCAUAUGGAAGCCUUCAUUCUCUCCUCUUCAAUCAGAAACAAGGCUUGGCGUUAAGCUGGGAUCAAAGGUUCAACAUCAUCAAAGGCAUUGCUGCUGGACUACUGUAUCUGCAUGAAGAAUGGGAGUUGGUCGUAAUCCACAGAGACGUGAAAUCUAGCAAUGUCCUGAUAAAUGCUGAUAUGAAUGCGCGGUUGGGGGACUUCGGUCUUGCGAGAUUGUAUGAUCAUGGUACAGAUUCGCACACGACAAACAUCGUGGGCACAAUUGGGUACAUUGCACCUGAAUUGGCUCGCAAUGGUAAGGCCUCAACUAGGUCAGAUGUUUUCGCAUAUGGGGUUUUGCUCCUGGAAGUAGUUUCUGGGAGAAAGCCAAUUGAUUCAAGAAACAUCUUCCUGGUCGAUUGGGUGAUAGAGUGCCACAAAACUGGUCAAAUUCUUGAUGCAAUGGAUCCCAAGUUGAACUCGGGUUUUGUGAUCGAAGAGGUGAGGUUGGUUCUCCUGUUGGGUCUUCUGUGUUCUCAUCCAAAGCCUGAAGUUAGGCCUAGCAUGAGAAAAGUCAUGCGGUAUCUCAACAGGGAUGACCCUCUUCCCCUAAUUGAUUACUGGGAAUCGUUUGAUUCUCGAGAUGAACUAUACUUGAAGUUCUUGGAAGUAACUUCUGAUUAUACGAUCACAAAAUCUCAUCCCUCAUCUUCCACCAGCCCAAGCAUCUCUUACAGUUCUGGCAGAUAGAUCUAAGCUUCAGAAUCUUUUCUUUUGACUCAUAAUUUGUUAGGGUAGAAACUUGAAAUCAACUAUGGCAUGUGAUGGGGAAACUUCCACCCCAGCCUGGUUAGGAUUUGUAAACACACAGGUUGGACAUACUUCAUAUUGAAAUUAGUCAAUCUUUCGU